AUGGCCGAAUCGAUCGAUCUCACAGCGCCUAACGGCACGUCGUGGAAGCAGCCUACAGGGCUCUUCAUCAACAACGAAUUCGUCCCCGCCAAAUCCGGUGAUACCCUCGAGACCGUCAACCCCUUCGACGAGUCCGUCAUAGCCAAGGUCGCCUCCGCCGGCCACGAGGACGUCGAUGCAGCCGUCUCGGCAGCCCGCGCAGCCUUCAAGUCCGCGGCAUGGAAGGGCCUAAGCACACAGGAGCGCGGCGCCUUGCUCUGGAAGCUAGGCGAGCUCUGCGACAGGGACAAGCACAUCCUCGCGACGAUCGAUGCCUGGGACAAUGGCAAGCCUUACGGGGUAGCACUUGAGGAGGAUCUGGCCGAGACCAUUUCCGUCUUCAAGUACUAUGGCGGUUGGUCCGAUAAGAUUUAUGGGCAGACGAUCGAGACGAGCGAUGCGAAGUUUGCUUACACGAGGCAUGAGCCGAUAGGUGUCUGUGGCCAAAUCAUACCGUGGAACUAUCCUGUCAUGAUGGCUGCUUGGAAAAUAGGACCGGCUCUGGCCUGCGGAAACACAGUAGUCCUGAAGGCCGCUGAGCAAACGCCGCUGUCGGUGCUGUAUCUGGCAACCCUUAUUAAGGAGGCCGGAUUCCCACCAGGUGUUGUCAACAUUAUCAAUGGCACCGGCAAGGAGGCUGGGGCUGUUCUUGCGCUUCACCUCGACGUGGACAAGAUCGCAUUCACCGGCAGCACUGGGACGGGUCGCGCCAUCAUGAGGUCAGCUGCGAUCAACCUCAAGAACAUCACACUGGAAACCGGCGGAAAGAGCCCCUUGAUCGUCUUCGAGGAUGCAGACCUAGAUCAGGCUGUCAAGUGGUCACACGUCGGUAUCAUGAGCAACAUGGGCCAGGUCUGCACCUCCACAUCGCGCAUAUAUGUUCAAGACAGCAUAUACGACAAGUUCCUGGAGCAAUUCAAGGAGUAUACGAUCCAGAACACGACGUCCGGCAGCCAGUUCGACGACAAGGUCACCCACGGGCCCCAGAUCUCCAAGGCGCAGCAGGAGAAGAUCCAGAGCUACAUCGCGACGGCCAAGUCGGAGGGCGGCAGGCUGCUGCUCGGCGGCAACAGCCACUCUGGCAAGGGCUACUUUGUCGAGCCGACCAUCUUCGCCGACAUGAAGAAUGACAUGAAGGCUUCGCGGGAGGAGGUCUUCGGGCCCUUCGUCGUCAUCCAAUCUUUUAGCUCCGAGGACGACGCGGUCGAGAAGGCCAACGAUUCCGAGUAUGGGCUGGGCGCCGCUGUCUUCACGCGCGAUAUUGUACGCGGCCACAAGGUCGCCGCGGCUGUUGAGGCCGGUAUGGUCUGGAUCAAUAGCUCGCAGGACUCGCACUUCGGUAUUCCUUUUGGUGGCUACAAGCAGAGUGGCAUUGGUAGGGAAUUGGGACAGUACGCGCUGUCGUCAUACACGCAGGUGAAGGCAGUUCACGUGAACCUCGGAACGUGGCUAUAG